UCCGUCCUAGAUAAUGCAGUAUAUUUUUUGUUUUGUUUUAUUGGUUUAGUGUAAUUCAGAGGUUUAAGUUUAUAUUGACUUUCAGUUGCAAAUAAUAUUAAUCUUAGGACUCCGUAAUCAUUAUCAUGAUAGUGUUGUGGUGUUCAGCUGUUGUAACCUGUGAGGACGAUAAGUUGGCCCCGUGUGGGAGCAUAAUAUUGCGUGAUUAUAAUGCGUCACAUUGUUUUCCUGGAUUCCUGGUUAUAACAUGUGGUGAUGGGAGCACAACACCGUCACGUCGCAAGCUGGCAGGCUGCCUGGCAAUGUCGUGAAUGGGAGAGUUAAACUAGCAAGUGGCAAAGCCUGUACUCGGUGAUCUUUGGUAGGAGUACAGGCAGGCAGUGUGGGUCAACACAAUGGAAGCUCCAAAAGAUUUUACUGACACAGAUGAAGUCAUCAAGACAGAGCCCAACACUAAACAGACCACAAUGUCAAGUAGUGACAAAAAGUUCUCCUGUGGGGAAUGUGGGAAACUGUUUACCUGGAAGAGCAAUCUCAAGAAACAUAAACUUAAGCACAGUGGCAUCAAACAGUUUAAAUGUGAUGAGUGUGGGAAAAAUUUCUCAAGGAAGAGUACGCUCAAGACACAUUUACAAAUGCACAGUGGUGUCAAAAAGUUUGAAAGUAAUACAGAGGUCCCAUUGUCAGGUAGAGAAAAACUCUUCAAAUGUAAAGAAUGUACAAAAUCAUUUUUCUGGAACAGUAAUCUCCAGAGACACUUAAACGUGCACCGUGGUAUCAAAAAGUUUCGAUGUCAUGAAUGUGGGAAACAUUUCUCACAGAAGGGUACACUUCAUAAUCAUCUUCUUGUACACAGUGGUGUCAAAAAGUUUCAGUGUAAUGCAUGUGGGAAAUGUUUUGCCCAGAGAGCUACUCUUCAUAAACAUUUGUUUACACACAGUGCUAUAAAAAAAUAUGAAUGUAAUGAAUGUGGGAAAUAUUUUUCAUUAAAAAGUACUCUAAGGACUCAUAUGCUUGUGCACAGUAAAGACAGAAAGGGUGCUGGUAACAAACCUGUGAAAGAUCUUGAAGAGAAGGGAUCUGCCCAGAGUCAUUUGUCUGUGCCCAGUGACAUCAAGAAAUUUGACUGUGAUGUAUGUGAGAACAAAUUUUCAACAAAGAGAACUCUUCAGAAUCAUUUGCUUGUUCACACUGGUAUCAAAAAUUUCUUGUGUCACGAAUGUGGAAAAUUGUAUUUACGUAAAGAAGAUCUUCGGAAACACAUAGUUGGGCACAGCAGAAAUGAAAGGUUUAAGUGCAAUGACUGUGGGAAGCAGUUUUCUCGUAAGACUACUCUGAAAGAUCAUUUACUUGUCCACACUGGUGUCAAAAAAUUUGAAUGUGACAAAUGUGGCAAACAUUUUGCUCUGAAGAGAAAUCUUAGGUAUCAUCAGCUUGUGCACAAUGAUGUAAAAAAAUAUGGAUGUGAGGAAUGUGGAAAACGUUGUACAGAUUUGAGUUCUCUCAAGAAACAUUUGGUGGUUCACACUCGUAUCAAAAAAUAUGGAUGUGAUAUAUGUGGGAAGCAUUUUUCUCUGAGCAGCCAUCUCAAGACACAUCAGCUUGUGCACGGUGGUGUCAAAGAAUUUGGAUGUGAUGAAUGUGGAAAAAUGUUUUUGCGUAAGUGGGAUCUUAAGAAGCAUUUACAGACUCAUAAGAAAAAUUAGAUAACAUUAGGAGACUGUUUUCUCAUGAGGACAAUGAAGUACAGCACAGCACUAAUGUGAUAUACUACCUAUGACAAUUUUUUUUUUACAUGUACAGUAUACAAUACAUUUUAGUGAAAUAUAAAGAUACUGUACCAUUGAAGCAAUUUAUAUCAUUACAUUUUAAGUCACAGUGAGUCGAGUAUAAUUUAGCUGUACAUUACUUACAUACAUGGGCCAGGUAGGACAGGCAACAGAACACUUUAUUUUUAUGAAAUUAACAACAUGGAUGUGAUACUGAUUUAACCAAAACUGACAGUACAGUACUGGUAACAUAACACCAUCAGACUCCUAAUAAAGAGACUCAUGUUUAUUACCAGUGGUGGAACAGAAUGGUACAUUAAUCUUGUCGCAACAUAAGUACUGUACAGAGAUGAAACAGUAUAUUGUAUUAAUGCUUUGUACAGUGAUGGAACAGUAUGGUAUAUUAAGUCUUGUACUGUAGCAACAAAAUACAGUGGUGGUAACAAAGCACCAAGCCUUGUAGUAAUAAGAGUACAGUGGUGGAACAAAAUGUCAAACCUUGUAGUAAUGAUUACAGUGGAGGAGCCAAACAUACCUUAAGCCUUUUAGUAACUAGUACAUUGAUGAAACAAGGUAUAAAGCCUUGUAGAAAAUAAGAGUACGCCACAACAUACAAUCCUUCAUUGUGCAGGAGCUGAUAUUCACCCAGACUUCACUUAUCCUUGCAAUGUUGACUUGUGUCAUAAUGUUAUGUUCAUUUCUAUAUACAGUUCUGUAGCUGCACUUAACAUUUUAUAUUUUUCCUGAAAUAAAUAUAUCUUUUUACAUCAUAGAAUAUUUAAUGUAAACUACAUACUGUACAAUAGACAGCAGCUUGGUUUAACUCACAUUAUUUUUCAUGACUAAUGGAUCAUUGUGAGUGACCUGUGAUAUCCACACCAUGAAGUUUAACAUCUCGUUAGUGCAGAUGGGUUAUAUGCUGUGGGGUAUGGUUAAUAUUUCCAUUUAAUUUUAAUAUUAUACCUGUAUAUGAUAUUACUGUAGUCUAUACACGAUUACAAAUAAUUUAAUGUAUUUAACAUGCAAUUAAUGCAUUGAAUCUACAAAAAAUAUGAUAGUAAUCAAACUAAAUAAUUUAUUCUUGUUACAAGUAAGAUAUCAAAUGUAACAUAAUAGAGUUGAUGUAAUGAGGGUACAGUACUCCUCUUAUAUUUUCACUCAAUUUUUAUUGGUAAAUCCUUUUUCCUUAUCUUCACUAUUUACUCAUCUGUAUCUACAGUACUUCCUCGUCCUCACUAUUUACAGACUCGGCAGCAUGUUCCAAGCAGAUUGAUUUGAAGCAUUUAUGACAGAUAUUAAUUUUCUUGUCUUACAUUUCAACCAGAGGCACAAUGAGCAUCUUUAGAGAGAACCUUGACAAGGGCAUUUUUGCGGUAAUCCCUCAAAUAUUUUCUCAAACUCAUGUUUAUAUUUUGAAUCAACUGAGUUCAGAGUGCUUCUUGUAAAUCAACUGAGUGCAAAGUGCUUCUUGUAAGCAAAAACUUAUCUGUCUUUGUGUGCCUAUUCAAUAUUGCAUACUGUACUGCUAAACUAAAUGCCUUCUUUAUAGGACAUGACAUAUUAUGGGAUGAAUUUUACAAAUCUCUUCCUCUUCAGUGUCAAAACAUUACCUGUAUUUCAUAGUUCAAUCGUUCAGUCACCAAACAUUGUGCUGUGGUGUAAACAGGUUUUCAUGGCUGUAUAUACUGUAAUAAUGUAUUGACUAUUGAGUCAUGUUAUCAUUUACAUAGAUUAUAAGUUUGUUAUUACAUUCCCAUAUUAGGAUACGUACUGUAUAAGAUUUUCUCAGAGGCAUUAUACGUACAUGAAGGUAACCAUACAGUACAGUACUUGGAUAUAUUUACAUACAAAGUAGUUUAAGAUUGUAAUGCUUUACUCCAGUAUAAAGGUCAAAUUAUACUGUUUUAAUCCUGUACUUAAUCAGUUAAAACACCAUUGUACACAAUGAUGAAAGUUCUGUAUAGUUUGUAUAAAAUAAAAUGGUUUUACAAGGAAA